AUGUGCCAUAUCAGAGAAACUAUCGAAGUCCUUCCGGGGGGGAUUAGGCGCAUCGAGCGCAAGGUGAAGCGCUGUCCCCGAGGCUGGAUCAGACUCUGCCGCAAAGAAACGCGGACCAGUAUCGAACGAGAUUGCCGCGAGGUGCCAGUAAACACGACUAUGAGGGGCCUAGACGACCCGCACGGUAUGCCGAGGCCACUCACCCGCAGACGUAGUGGAAGCUUCAAAUUUCGGUUUCCCUUUCUCCGACGGCAGCCGGACUCGUCGGACGAUGAACUGAGGCGGCCGCUGCCACUCCGGCGGCCGCGCGGCCGGCCCUGGCAACGCACGCCCGUCGUGGUCGACCCUCCCCGUCGCCCUGAGCCCCAGCUGGUGUCGCCCAUGAGACCCAAGACUUCGUACAGAUCGACGCCCUCGCGAUCACCACCGGCGAUUCACUUUGCCGCCCCACGUCCAGGAGCGCGAGCUCUGCGUGAGGAACGCCUGCCCCGAGGGCGUCCUCGACCCGUCACACCGUCACCUGUGGGACUUCCCUCGAUCCCUCCCAAGCGGAGACGGCUGACACGAGCUUUCAAGCAGAUCUUCGUCACUCAACCCAGACGACCCACAUCUCCAAUCACGAUGGAUCCAGAAGUGGUACAUCGCCCGAGCCCUUCGCAUAAGAAUCGUCUGACGCGUGCAAUCAAACAGGUAUUCCGGCCUCGUUCUCGCUCUCAACCCGCCCGACCGGCAGUGGAGUUGGAGAUCCGCCAACCCCGGUCUCAAGCCGCCCGGGUCAUUUCACCCGUUCCACCCAUUCCCCCGCGACGGACCCGACCCCCGCGGCCGCGCUCUCCUGUGGCGGAGCGGGAGCCCAUCCGCAAGACGCGCUCCACGCCAGGGAUGCCGCGACUCCGGACUGCUUCUCCGCACCAGAGCAGUCGAAGCAUGACCCCGACGCGCCAUGUCCACUUCGCCGAGAAUCUGGAGCAGGUCCCGCCUAGCUCGAGCGAGAACAGCCCGGUGGAGGACACGACGACGGGCAGUUCCGGGGAGGACAGCCCCACGCGCCCGAGCACGAUGCGCCCCCCACCAAGCAGAAUCCCCAUCCGCCCGAUGAACCGCCGCAGUCGCUCCUUGGACACCAACGCCAGCCGUGGCCGCAUGGCAUCCCGAGAUCCGGCCCGUCCUCGCACGGCCUCGCCUUAUCCCACGCGUCUGGACUCACGGGCUCGACCCACGCCAUCGACGUCCCGAUCGCACACGCUGCAGCAGGCACGACCGCGCAUUAUUCAGGAGGGAAGGCGGGAUCUGAGGGAGCGAGGAUCUCGGUUAUUGAGGACUGCGUUUGCGCGUCGGAGCGACGAGGCUGUGAGGAGUCCGCGCAUGGUGCAUCGACGGACCCGACCGCGCACGCGCGCUUCGAUGACGGAUUGUUGGCCGAUGUUUCCGAGCGAUGAGCGGAUUGCGGACGAAGACGAUCGGAGUGGAGGGUCGAGGUUGGGACGAUGGCAGUAG